AUGUCUUGUAAAACGGUAUUAGCCAAGGAAAUUUCGGCAAGCUAUAGAGACGAUAUAAAAAACACGAUAAAGGCGAAAGGAAUUUGUCCGAAACUCGUGGGUUUCCUUGCCAACAAAGAUCCAGCGGCAGUGAAAUACGCAGAGUCCACUGCGAAGACGUGUGCCGAAACUGGAGUGGAGUUUGAGUUAAGGAAAUGCGAACGAGAGGAUUUGGAAGAUCGGAUUGUAGAGGCGAACAGAGAUGAAAAAGUACACGGAAUAAUGAUUUAUUAUCCAGUAUUUGGCGACCGUCAGGAUCAAUAUCUUCAAAAUGUGGUCGAUGCCACCAAAGACGUCGAAGGAUUGUGCCACCGGUACAUAUAUAACAUGUAUCAUAACAUCCGUUUCCUCGACAAUGAACAAACCAAGAAAUGCAUCAUCCCAUGUACCCCUUUGGCUAUAAUCAAGGUACUGGAAUACAUCGGGGUUUACAAUGCCAUUCUUCCAUAUGGAAACCGAUUACAUGGUCGCGUGAUCACUGUCGUGAAUCGCAGCGAAAUCGUGGGUCGUCCUCUUGCCGCAUUGUUGGCAAACGACGGUGGAAAGGUGCAUUCAGUAGAUAUCAACGGUGUUCAAGAAUUUUAUCGUGGCACCGGAUUACGUCUUAAACAACACCAGGUUCGCGAAACAAACCUCGAACUCAAAGACAUCAUCCCAAUAUCAGAUGUGGUCAUAACCGGGGUUCCAUCACCAGGCUAUAAACUUCCAACAUCUUUGUUACGAGAAGGGGUGAUCGCCAUAAACUUUUCGACAUUUAAAAAUUUCGAGGAUGAUGUUAAGGAGAAAGCCAGCAUUUAUGUUCCGUCGGUGGGCAAGGUUACCAUCGCCAUGUUGGAGAGAAAUUUGCUUAGACUACAUGAUUAUCAAUUGAAUAAUCAAGAAAAUUGA